GACCCCGAGGAAGCAGCGUUAAUUGCAAAGUAAACAAUCCCUAUCGGGUUCAGUUGCAAAGUCGCUUUGCUGCAUUUAAUUAUUAUGUUUACUGCAUCAAUAAGUUAUGAAGUGGUCAUUUCAGACGAGCAUGAGAUGGGCUGCAGAUAUUUAGUUUCCCACGGAACCUUCAGCGUUCAAAGCUCUUGUCUUCGCACGGAUUGUUUAUCGCAACGGUCAAAAACAAUGACUUUUUUGCUAGUUGUACUCACAGUUUUACUCUGUUUUGUUUGGAUAAAAUGCAUCUACCAUCGACAUCGCCGAGGUUUUGCACAGUCGUUGAAACAUUUGUGGAAAUCCUCAUCCAACAAAGCGGCAGCAAAAACAAACGACGUGGAUGUGAGAGCCGUGAUUGUCACCGCGCAUCCGGAUGAUGAGUGCAUGUUCUUCUCGCCAGCAGUGUUAAGACUUGUUGAGUUAAAUGCCUGCGUUCAUUUGCUGUGUUUAUCGCAAGGGAACUACUACAACCAAGGAGCUCAGCGUAAAGAGGAGCUUCUCAACAGCUGUGCCGUGUUGGGGAUUCCAGCCUCCAGAGUAACCGUCGUGGACCACAAAAAUCUUCCAGACAACCCCAACGCAGAAUGGAGCAUCUCUUUGGUCUCUUCUCUGAUUCUGAGACACAUUAGAGCUCACUCCUGCAAUAUGGUGCUGACCUUCGAUGGAAGAGGAGUGAGUGGCCAUGCCAAUCACAUAGCCAUCCACAAAGCGGUCAGCCAUCUCGCCUCCACUGGACAAGUACCUGAUGACUGCUGUUUGCUCUCCUUGGUGACCGUUGGCCUGCUCAGGAAGUACCUCUCCUUCCUGGAGCUGCCUCUCAGCUGGCUGUUGCCCUCAUCUCUCCUCUGUAUUAUCGGCUCAGACGGCUACAGGCGAGCCAAGGAGGCCAUGCGCUGUCAUCGCACUCAACUCCUGUGGUUUCGCUACCUCUACAUCUUCUUUUCACGUUACAUGCUUGUCAACACAUUCCAGGAGAUCCCACAAGGACCAAAGAACCUAAAGAUCUACUAAGAGUCUCUCGACCACGUUUAGAUGCACUGAUUGUUACUCUGAUGAAUGUCUAGCUGCACAACAACUAAAGUAUAACUGCGGGAAAGGAUUUAGUGGCUGUAUACAGAACUUAAGAUCUAUUUAGCUGACAAUGAAUAAAUUUGACUUUAAUACUUUAGCUGGAUGUAGCAGCCUGGAUAUGUCAAGCACUACUGUAAAUAUACACACAAAGAAACUGCAAACACUACUUUCCUAUAGUCACAUUUUUUUCAAAAUGUGAAUUUUAACUGUCUUUUCUACUUAAUGACUGUGCCUUUUCUAUUUGUGUAACUCUAUACGUACAAAGAAUAAAACAGUAUGGGGAUAUAUUGUUAUACAUCUUUUACUUCGUCAGAAAACAGCUGUAAGUUUGGAGGAAUGAUAAACUGUGAACUUAUUUUGCUAUUUGCUUCAUGUGGGUCAAGCAGCUUUGCCUUUUUGUUUACAGUCAUCACACUGAAUUUAAAAAAAAAAAAAAACAUAA